UAGUCAAGUCGCCGUGAAUGGUGUCGCGGAAGCUGUCGUAGUGACUGUCUCUCCCGGUCAGGAUGCUCUUGGUGUGUCUUUGGUGUUGUUGCGGUUGUUUGCUGUCAAGCUGUCGCCAUGGAAGGCAUGGAAGGCGCACCCCAGACUUCGGAGACGGAAGAACAAUUUACCCCAUGCAGCCCUAUGACGUAGGCAGGAGCUCUCAAUCUUGUCGUCACGAUGAGAUGGAGACAUCUCCCUCCAGCCUUCAGAGGGCCAGCUUCGGACCGUGACCGACACCCUCCCAUCUCCCCGUGGUCUCGGAAUUGAGCGUCGGUUCGUUCCAAUUCACCAUGUCUUCGUUCUUCGGAUUCCGCAAAUCUCGCGGCCAUGACGACGAGCACCGGCCGCUGCUCCCCCAGUACCGCGAUGAUACCGUUCUGCAGCGUGAGCUUCACCAGAAGCUGCACACCUAUCAAAUGCUCCGUGCCCUCUCCAAAGGCUUCAUGCCGUCAACCGAACAGACCGUCGUCAGCCUCCGCAGUCUACUUGCCGCCGACAUCUUGAACCCCGACAAUCCCGACCUCAGCGAUUCCGGCCGCUUGCUCGUCAAAUACACGAAACAGUGGAUCCAUGACUUUAUCGACCUCCUGCAGCAUAAAAACGACGGAGAUCAAAUCCAAGACUUUAUAUGGUACUUGUCGAAAUCCAGGGUAUCCGUCGACACGGGUCACAUUGCGCGUCGUGUAUCCAACUCCAAGCGCAAAGCAGAUGUCGCAGCGGCAUAUAGAAGUUUUCAGACAGUCGGCUCGUUGCUGCUCACGAAUUCGGAUUUCCGCAAGUUCCUUUCCGAUCUCAACGUCGUCGGCCGCGAGGUGUUCAGAGACACGGCCUUCACACUAUCAGAAGUCGCAAAGGAAGCCGGAGAGACCAUUGAGCCCUCGCAAGCCGAACAGAAGAUUCUCACGGAGCCUGGCACUGACGCCGACACAGGGCCUCCUCCAACAACUCAGGAUCUCCAAGGCGACGUAGCCGAGGUUGCUGAGGUUGUGGGCUCCGGUGCGGCAAAGGUCGUACGUGAGGCGGAACAUAGCCUGGAGGAUAAGCUCAAGGGUGAUGAAGGGGAAUCCCUCCUGUGGCGUCUUAAGAGGACAGUAACCAACCUCCGCCAGAAGCGCGACUAUUCCGAAUCCGUGUCCACGUUAGCCAGCCUCCUACAACAAUAUGCCAUAACAUACUCGCGUGUCGCAGAAGAUACUCUUCAGGCCGCUCGCGACGAUGUUGAGCCUAAUCGUGAAAUGGAGAAGGCAGUGAAGAACUUCUGGCUGCUCGUGAGCUCGUUUGGUGAUCCAGACGAGUGGAGGAGGCUUGAGGACCGUUUCCAUGCUGUGUUGGAGCACUCCCGGAAGGAUCCCGAAUUUGAAGACCUGAUCCGAGACAUUGGAAACUCUCUGCAAAGGUUAUUAACGGAUCCCGGUUUCUUCGACAAUGCAGAUGAGAAAUUCCAGGAACUUCGGAGGAAAUCUCGUGGCGUAGGGACGGAUUCUUCGCUCCGCGAGGACGUCGACAAGUUCUUCGAACAAGUGCAGCGAACUCUCCACGCUGUAGCUCGAGAUGAGGACAUUGCCCGGUUGGUCAAGACGACGACUCGAAUCGUCAAUAUCCUGUCUCCCAAGCAUGCAUACACAAACAGCGAGCUGGUCACAGAUGCGAUCAACGUAUUCGUGCCGCUUCUGAUCAAGGCGAUUCAGUACAUACCGAUCCCCCGUCUCGAAGUGUCGACCCCAGAGGUAGACCUUCUGCUCGAGAAUCUCAUCCUUGAGCCUGGCAAGACUGUGAACCAGACAUCAUUCCUUCCGUUCCGUUUCCGUGUUGAGACGUACAACGACUUUGAGAUCCGCAAGGCGCGUUUCCGUGUGGCGUCCAAAGUGACGUCCAAGGUGACGAUCAAAAUGGAUGGCCUCUCGCUCCGCGCCGAUGAAGUGGGCUUCCUACUCCGCGCACACAGUGGGCUUCUGCGGCUAGCAGACGAAGGGAUCGCGUCAUUCCAUCUGGAUGAGCGUGGGAUUGAUGUCCACCUUGACGUCGAGAUUGCCAAGGACCGAUUGGAGCAGAUGGUGACGUUGCGAGCGGUGCGGGUCCAUGUUCACAAACUCACGUACACGCUCCGAAAAUCGAAGCUCUCCUUCUUGGGCUGGAUCCUGAAGCCCCUGCUCCGGCCCAUUUUCCGCAAAGUCAUGGAGAAGCAGCUGGCAAGCGGUAUCGCCGACGCCAUCCACGCAGCGAACCGAGAGUUGAUUUUUGCACGAGAGAGAUUGCGAGCCACGCGAAUCUCGGACCCAGAAGACUUGCGCACCUUCUUCAAGGCGGUCCUCACGCGACUGACGCCUGCAGAAGAUCCGGAUCUAUACACCAGAGUCGGGGUUGCGGCGCCCAGGAAGGGCGUCUUCAAGGGCAAGUAUGCUCCUGGCAGUGUGGUGAAGCUGUGGGAAGAGGAGGCGCUGAGGGCUGGCGAGAGAGUGGACGAUUGGGAUGAGGGUGGAUGGAGGAACAGCGUGUUUGAGCUUCAUGCGGCGAUGAUGUAGGAGCGACCAUGGGGUCUUCUCUCUUUGCAC